AUGUCUACACUUACGAGGUCGUGGCGCCACCUGCGCAAAGCUGGUAUCAGGGAUGCCCUCCAUCAAAUGCAGCACCAAGGUGAUACCAAAGCCGGUAUCUUAGUCGGCAAGGACCGCUGGGGUAACAAAUUCUUCGAGAACGUCGACGAACUGCCAUUACGGACAAGAUGGGUUGAUUACAGAGAUUACGAAUCCGAUGCCUCACAAAUCGACCCUGGAUGGCAUGCGUGGAUUUCAUACAUGGUUGACAAGCCACCGGCUGAGGAUCCUAUCAUGAGAACUCAGAUUAGGACUUGGGAGGAAUCCAAUAAGCAGCAUGUGCCGAAUAUGACUGCCACAAGGUCUGCGUACAAACCAUAUUCUACUACGAAAUCAAAGAGCAGCGUGUGGAUCCCAGAGCCUGCUGCUAGGCGGUAG